GCGGACGAGGACGAGCGGGCGGUACGCCCACCCAGCCGCCCUGCGCUAAGCCCGAAAGACGCUUCUGCUUCCCGAGUUGCUGUUCUCCUUUGCGACCCCGCCGCGCCUCGUAGUAGUGGAUCGUGGUUCUUUCAUUUGGGGAAAAGCAGCCGGGAUGGUCGGGAAGCGUAAAGGGGCCUCGCAGGUGCAGCGGUCCAGCAAGAAAGUCAAGGGAGAGGGUCCAGCCGCCGCCGCCUCCCCGGGUCGGAGAAGAGAGGGUCCAGCCGCAGCCGCCGCCUCCCCGGGUGGGAGAACUUGUGAGCAGCGAGACGAUGAUUUUGAAGAUGAAAAACCUAAGAAAAGUAGGCCCAAACCAUCAUCUGGAAAAAAGAAAGAAAAAGAACAUGUCCCUCAGCCACUUUGUAAAAAUUCCAACCAAAAAGGGCCACCAAAACCCAAAGUGAAGGAGGAAAUGAAUAGAGGAGUAGACAGCCGAGGAUCCUUUCCAAAAGCAGGAAAAUGCAGUGGUUUGCAGAGCACUCCUUUAAAGAAAGAGACAGAUGCAAAAAAGGCAUUAAUAAUUACGAAGGGAGAAGAAGAUGAGGAUGAGGAAAGUGAGGAAGAAUGGGAAGAUGUGGAAGAACUUUGUGAGCCUGAGACAGAGAUGCUGAAAGAAGCUAUGGUACCAAAGCUGUCCAACACAACUGUUGAGAUAGAAAUUGAAACACCUGAACAAGCAAAGAAAAGAGAGAGAAGAGAGAAACGGCAAGCUGAGUUUGAGACAUAUCUCCGUCGAAUGAUAAAACGCUUCAACAAAGAAGUCCGUGAAGAUACACAUAAGGUUCACUUACUGUGCCUGUUAGCCAACGGUUUCCACAGGAACAGGAUCUGCCUUCAGCCAGACCUUCAAGCUGUUGGCCUGUCUAUCAUUCCCACUCGCUUCACCAAAGAACCUGCAGGUCGCAUCAACCGUCUUUUCUUGUCAAAUCUUGUAAAUUGGUUCACUGCAACUUUCACUCUCAACAAUGAGCUCUCCAACCAUGAAGAUUGGCAGGUUACCCUAGAGAGGCGCUUUGCUGUCUAUGCUGCCCGAGAUGAGGUGGAACUGGUGCAUAUAUUUUUACUUAUUCUUCGAGCAUUGCACCUACUCUGCCGACUUGUAUUGUCUUUACAACCCAUCCCCUUGAAAGAGCCAUCUGGCAAGGGAAAGUCCCCCAAGAGAGGCUCUGUUUUUGGAGCUUCUGGGAUGUUGCCUGAUUCUGCCAAAAGCUCUGUGGUUGUAUCAAGAGAAUGCCCAGGACCAGAUACUACCAAGAAGCCAAGACACUCUAGGGCCAAAAGGCUAAGAAAGAAAUCUCCAAUACAGAGGGAUGUUCAGAAAGAUAUAAAAUCUGAGAAUGAUAAGGGGAGCUUGAGAGCAAAAGAAGGGCCAGGGAGGCCUAAAAAUGACCGACAACGGCAAGUGGCCUCAAAAGUGUCCUAUAAAGAAGAGAGUGGAAACAGUGAGGAUAAUGAUUCUGAAUUCUGUCCUUCAGAGGAAAAUGAUGAGAGUAGCAUAUCUGAUGAAGAUUUUGAAAUUCCCAGAAAAAAACUGAAGUCACCACUAGCAACUCCUAAAACAAAAGUAGCUGUUAACAAGAGGCGGCAAUCAGUGCCUUUUGGGUCAAAAAGACCCAAGAACUCAGAAAUAGUUGGUGGUUCAGUAGAGAAAACAGGAAGUCCAUGUUCUUCAAACCCAUCCAGGAAGAAAAACAAAAUAAUUUCUAGUGAUGAUGAUGAUGAAGAAGAGCAGAGGUCAGUUACAUUGAGAGGCACAGACCAGUGGGUAGAGGUGUUUCUUGAACGAGAAGACCAGUGGGUAUGUGUGGACUGUGUUCGUGGCAGUGUUGGACAGCCUCUGCUAUGUUUCAAGUAUGCCUCAAAGCCAGUGUGCUACAUCAUUGGCAUUGACAACAAUGGUUAUGUAAAGGAUGUAACACAAAGAUAUGACCCAGCAUGGAUGACUUCAACGAGGAAGUGUCGUGUGGAUGCCCAGUGGUGGGAAGAUACCUUGGAGCCAUACAAAAGUUCUUUUGUUGAACGAGAGAAAAAAGAAGAAAUAGAGUUUCUAGCUAAACUUCAAGAUCAGCCUUUGCCAAGAUCCAUCAAUGAAUACAAGAAUCACCCGCUUUAUGCCUUGAAGAGGCAUCUCCUUAAGUAUGAGGCCAUAUAUCCUGAGACAGCUUCUAUUCUAGGAUAUUGCCGAGGGGAGGCUGUGUACUCCAGAGACUGUAUCCAUACGCUGCACUCCAAAGAUACCUGGCUGAAGCAAGCUCGAGUGGUGAGGAUUGGAGAAGUGCCUUAUAAGAUGGUUAAAGGUUAUUCCAACCAAGCAAGAAAGGCACGAAUGGCGGAACCUGCAACUCGAGACAAAAAGGAUUUGCCGUUAUUUGGUCUCUGGCAGACCGAGGAAUAUCACCCACCUCUGGCUGUUGAUGGAAGGGUUCCUCGGAAUGAAUUUGGGAACGUCUACCUCUUCCAACCCUGCAUGUUACCAAUAGGCUGUGUGCAGCUAAAGCUUCCUAACCUUCAUAGAGUGGCCCGUAAACUGGAUAUUGACUGUGUUCCAGCUGUUACAGGGUUUGAUUUUCAUGGUGGUUACUCUCACCCUGUCACUGAAGGCUAUAUAGUCUGUGAAGAGUACAAAGAAGUGCUUGUUGCAGCCUGGGAGAAUGAAGAGUCAGAAAGGGAAAAGAGGGAAAAGGAGAAGCGGGAGAAGAGAGUGCUGGGAAAUUGGAAACUGCUGGUGAAGGGACUUCUGAUCAAAGAGAGACUAAAGAAGCGCUAUACUACCAAGAACGAGACAAGAGUCACGUCGGAAAGGGGGUCUGGUUUCUCAUCCGAUGACGAAGGACCAAACUCGGAGAUCCCUGCUGGAGAUGUGGCUGUUUCUUGGCCCCAAAAUCGACAAGCUGAGGAACAGAGAGAGGGAGGAAAAAGAACCAAAAAGAGCAAGAGAGAAAAGAAGGGAGAAGCAGAACAUUUGUUCCCGUUUGAGAAGUUGUGACAAGGAGUUUUGGGGCAGGUUUGGAAGCAAGAUUUUUACAUUGUUCCGAUGCAUGUUCGCACUGAACUUUUCCUGCCAGUAGGAGCAGCUAAACAACUCAAGAAGCCUCCGACCAGAUUUUCUAAUACUGCAUUCCUAGAAGAUGCAGGACUUGGAUUUGAAGCAGGAAAGAUGUUCUGGACCUGCUGCUGGCAUGCCUGCUAUACCGGUCAGUGGCACCUUAAAGAAGCUGUACUUUCCCCUAGAAUCACGAUAGGCACAGUUUCUUUGAGGUGCUGCUGAGAGGUACAGCAAGCACAUCCAUGCUGGAGCAAAAUACCUUUCGAUGUCAGAUCUCAGUGCCUGCAAGUACAUUCCUUUCCUUGGAAACUUUGCAUCAUUUCUGUUAACAAGCUACUCAUGAGCUUUGGGGAAGUCUUAUGAAAGGAACAUGUAUGUGUACUCACACACGUGCUGCAGUAGAAAAGUUGGGCUCAAGUUGUAUUAUAUAUAUAUUAAAAAAGUGGGAAUAAAUGUGGGAAUGUAUAGGAAACGUCUGCAACUUGAACAGCUUCCAUUCAUCUUUACAAAGGAAGCCAACGUGAGCAGCAGGCUAGUAUUAUAAAUGGGUAUAGGACAUUUGUGGAGUAGAUACAUAGUUUUUAGCCGAGCUGGAUUUAUUCCUUUGCCCUUUUCCUCUUCUGUAUCCUCACAGGAAGCUCUCAUGAGCCUUAUCACUCUGUGUAUUGAUCAUGGGACAGAUCCCAAUUUCAGACUUCGAGAAUGAUGCAGUCUGAGUGGGACCUAUUAGAAAAAUUGCUUGCAGUCUGCCACCACAUGUUCAGUCGUAGUGCAAUUCCUUAAUUGCCUAGUGUGCCAUUUUGAAUGUUUUACCAAUGUACACCUUUUCUGGGCAAAAGAAACGUUAACACUAGCAGCUGUCUUACUCAAAGCUAUUUUAGAAGUGCAUUGGUUGGUUUAGAUUCUGUCACGAUAAACUCCAUCCAUUUGACCUGGCCAGAGAUGGUUUGGCACUUUAAAUUUGUUCAGAGAAAAAAAGCUUUUUUUAUACUGAAUCUUGGGCAAAAAAUAAAAACUUGAAUCCUGA